CACAUUCUGAUUUCUAAUUUAGUAAGGGAAAGGUAAACUCCAGCCUUAAGCAAACAUCGAACCUGCAACCUUCUAGCAAGUAAUGCCCAGGCGUUUUCAUUCGCCACGUAAAGACAAGGUCCUCUAUCUGAGCUACUGAAUGUUGCUUUCACAUUUUCUUUUUUUUUGCUAAAGAUCUUAAAUCCUUGCCCCUAGUGAGCGAUUUGAUUGCUAAGCCAGCAUGGAACAAUUCUGAUAUUUUUAAUUUUAUUACAGUUCCAUCAAACAAAGACCUAGGCUGGCAUCCAACCUAUGAUCUUCUAGUAAGUAAAGCCAGGCGUCUUCGCUCGCCACGUGAAGGCAAGAUUCUUUAUCUGAGCCCGUAGUAAACGUUAAGAAUGCUAAACUUGAUCUCUCUUCCUUCUUACAUAAUUACAAAUUCUGAUAUUUUUAAUUUUAUUAUAGUUCCCAGAAAAAAGAAUGGAAUUCAUGGAAUUGUCCCUAUAAAAAUAGGUGAAAUUCAUGGAAAUAAUCAAACAACCAAAGAAAGAUUUAAAAAUACAAAAAAGGACGAACUAGGAGAAAAACGUGAAAAACAUGCCAUAACUAAAAACAAAGAUAAGCAAAAAUUACCAACAAAUUUUAAUCAAAAACAAAAAUAUUUUAAUAGAGAAAACCCAAAAUUGUUAAAGAAAAAAAUUCAAAAAAAUUUUAAAAAUCCUCCAAAACGAGUUUCUUCUGUUAAAGACCACAUUCACAAUUUUUUGAAAAAAAUAAAAAAUAAUUUUGGGGAAAAGGGGAAAAUGGGAAGACCAAAAAUAAUAAAUCCUUCAACUAUCAGGCCUGUAAAAAACACCAGAAAGAACACCAGAAAUCCACAAAUAAUUAAAAAUAAAAAUCAGAAUCCUCUUCAAAAAAGGAAAAGGAAGCGAAAAAAUAGCAAGGAAAUGGAUCAAAAUAAUUUUAAAAAAUAUAAAAAAUGGCCAAAUUAUUGGCCUAGCAAAGAUUGGCCAAGGAAAAGACAACGAUCUCUUAAAAAUAAACAAAAAGAAAAAUCUUCAAAAAUUAAAAAAUUAAAUCCAAAAAUUAAUUUAGAAGGGACUGGACCUAGUAGAAAUGAAAAAACCAGAAAUCUCCCUAGAACACCAAACUGGCAUUGGCCAAAGUUUGGUGGGGAACAGGACAGGUCUUCUAAAACAAGCACAGAAACAAACAAAUCCGAGACAGCAUCGGAACCCAAUUCUUCUGUUAUCUCAGAAGAGGAGCCUAAAACCAAGCCAAAAAGGGUUAAAAUUAAGCCAGAACAUCCUUUGGAAGAUAAAAAUGAAGAAAAGAAAAAUGUUAAAAAUAAGCAAAAAGGAAGAGGAGAGAAGGAAGGGAAGAAGAAAUUGAAGCCCUUAAAGAAAAUAGCAACAACCUCAAUAAAUUCCCCAGAAGCUUCUUCAAAAGCCUCAGAAGGAAAGGAUGAUUCUAUUGAAGUUUCUUCUUCAGCCUCAAGUUUUGAACUCCCAAAGGAAAAAGACACGUCUGAAAAUAAAUCGGAAAAGGCUGGAAGUAAAUUAAACCCAAGUAAACUUCAUCGUGAAGAGAAAGGGAAGAAAAAUAAUUUGAAGAAGAGCAAGCUUAAGCCUUCUAAAAAUCCCUUAAACUCAGUAGAUGCUUCAGAAAAUUCUUCAAAUGCUUCUCAAGGAAAGGAAGAUUCUAUUGAAUCAACUACAAGUUUGGAGCCACCAAAAGAAAACAAAAAUUCAUCCGAAAAUAAAUCGGAAAAGAGUAAUAAUAAAUUAAGACCGAAAACCCCAAGAACACCAAAUAAACUUCACCGUGAAGAGAAAAAGAAGGAAAAUAAUAGGAAAACUAAUUUGAAGAAUAACAAACUUAAGCCUUUAAAAAAUCCCUUAAACGCUGUAGAUGUUUCAGAAGAUUCUUCCAAUGCUUCUCAAGGAAAUGAAGAUUCUAUUGAAUCAAUUGCAAGCCUUUCAAGUGUAGAAUCAGUAAACGAAAAGGAAAAUAUACCGGGAAAGAACAGGAAGAAGAAGAAUCCAAAGGAAGAAUUUAAUAAGUUAAGAGGCAUGAAAGACUUGGAAAGUGAAGAAAGUGAAACAGAAAAACAUCCUCCUUUAUCAAAUGAAAGUAUUGAUGAUAGAAGUAUUAACAGAAGACGUCCUCAUUGGAGACUUCCUAAAAUGAAUUGGCCAAGGAAUUGGGGAAAGGAUAACAAUGGAAGAAAUAAGGCUGAAGAGAAGACUGGAAGAGGGGAAACUUUAGUUGGAAGUGAUGAAAAAGAUGAGAAAGAAGGGAAAAAUUGGGGAAGAGCGAGAAGACAUCCACUUACUCCAAGAAGGCAUCCUCAUACUCUAAGAAGACAUCCUCAUGCCCCAAGAGGACAGCCUCAUAUCCCAAUAAGACUUCCACAUGCUCCAGGAAGGCAUCCUCAUAUCCCAAGGAGACAUCCACAUAAUGAUGGAAAGAUGAAGAGCUAUGAAGAUACGCUUUCUAAUGAAGAUGAUAAAGGAUGGAAGAAUAGAAAGUGGAAGAAUGAUGACAAGAAUGGCAUGAGAAGAAUGAUUAAACAAAAUCAUAUUCCGUCAGAAGAUGUUCCAAACUGGAAGGGAUAUUCAGAGGAAGAAGAUAGGGGAAGAAAAAGUUUGGAAGAAUUAGUAGAUUCUGAUGUUGAUGAUGAGAAUGAAGGAUGGGAGGGAAGUGAAUCUGAAGAAGAUGAUAAAGUAAAUGAUUGGAAGGAAGAUUCUGAAGAAAUUAAAGAUUAUUCUGAAGACUAUGAAGUUAGGAAGAGAAAAAUGAAGAGGAAGAGAAACAAUAAUGGUGAAGAUGAGAGAAGAGGGAAUAAGUUGAAAGGAAAAAAUUCUGAGGAGGCAAGAAGAGGAGGAGUAAAAACAAAUAAAAAUAGAAGGGUAAAAGCUUCUGAUAAGGAAGGUGAAGGAGGAACAUAUUUCGACAGAGAAUCUUCUGAGGAGGAAAUUAAUGACAAUAACAAGCACUUAGGCAAUGAUUCUGUAGAGGUAAAUAAGAAAAGACUAAAAAAGAUAAAAGAGGAAGAAGAUCCAAAAUUGUUGGGGAAGGAAGAAAAACAGGAUCCUUCAAAAAAUAAAGGAAGAAGUGGAAGUGUACAUAGUAGGGAAGAUUCAAAAAUGAGGGAAAAGGAAAGCAAAAAUGAUGAAUUACCCAAAGUUCCAACAAUUUUAAAGAAAUAUUUUAAAAGAGAAGGCAAUUCAAUGAAGGAUAAUGGUGUAGUUUCGAAAGAGAAUCUUUUGAAGACUCCUUCAAAACUUGCGCCUUUGAAAAAUGCUUUAAACACUGUAGAUGUUUCAGAAGAUUCUUCCAAUGCUUCUGAAGGAAAUGAGGAUUCUAUUGAAUCAAUUUCAAGUCUUUCAAGUUUAGAAUCAGUACAAGAGGAUCCUGCACUGGAGGGUAUUCAUGGGAAGAAGAGUAAAGAAAAGGAGAAGAGUUUGGAAGAAAAAUCUGAAGAAGAUGUAAGGAAAGAAAGGAAUUUAAAAGUAGAAGAUUCUAAAAAAGAAAGGAAGAAUUUGGAAGAUAUAAAGGAAGAUAGGAAGAAAAAGAUGAGUUUUGAUGGAAGUAAUUUAGAAGAGAAAAAGCCUGAAAAUAGAGAGAGAAUUAAUACAAAUAAAAAUACAGAAAAUCACUUAAAAAAGGAAGGAAGUCAUUCUGAAAGUAAAGAAGAUAGUGAGGAAGAUGGGGGAUUAGGAGACAAAGUGAAGAAUUCGAAAGAAAUUUAUUUGAGGAAAAAAGCGAAGAAAGGGAAUCACUCAGAAAGUGAAGGGAAGGAUUUGGAAGAGCAAAGAAAGAUGGAGAAGAGGAAGACUGAAGAAGAGGAAGAUUUCGAGGAUAGUAAGGAAGGUAAAGGAGGAAUAGGAGACAAAGUAAAGGAUUCGAAGGAAAUUUAUUUGAAGAAAAAAGGGGAGAACGAAAAUCACUCGAAAAGAGAGGGAAGAAAUUCAGAAGGAAAAGAAGAGAAUGAAGAUGAAAAUGGAAGAGGAAUAGGAGGCAAAGUAAAAGAUUCGAAAGAAGUUUAUUUGAAGAAAAAAUUAAAGAAGAAUUUAGAUAAAAAUAAAAAUAGGAUUAAUAGACCUACUAAUCCAAAAGAAGAUCAUUCAGCGUUAGAAGAUUCUGAGGAAGAAGGUUCAGAGGAGAAGGAUACUUUAAAGAAGGUGGGUGGAGGUAUUAAAAAGAAGAAAAAUAAAAACAAGUAUUUGGAAGAGGAUCAUUCCAAGUGGUUUGAAGGAAGUGAAGAAGAUGAUUGGAGUGAAGAAGAGGAAGGGAGUGAAGAAGAGGAAGAAGACGAGUCUGUGGAAGAGGAAGACGAGUUUGGGGAAGAUAAAAGUGAUGAUAACAAGAUGAAUAAGAAGAGUUAUUUGGAGGAAGACCACUCAAAAUGGUUUGAAAGAAGUGAAGAAGAGGAAGAUGAAGAAAGCGAAGAAAGCGAAGAAGAGGAUGAGGAUGAUGAGGAGAGAAGUCAUUGGAGGCGGUAA